AUGGCUCAAGGAAUUGAUUACGAGCCUAACAUCCCUACACGAUUCACAGAGGCUUUCUUCAACAUCAUCUUUCCAGAACAACCGCCCAGAGGCGUACCGGCGGCUUUGUCGUUGCCGCGAAGUCAACAUAUCAUAAGUCACGAGACACCCUUGGCACCGACUUCCACUGCAGCGUAUCGCGAUGUCUACCGUACGUUGCUUGCCCGGCAAGAUCCUCAAUACGAUAUAGUCACGGCCCGCAUACUGCGCGCAGCCGAAUCUGUCCUCGCUGGCAGUCUUGAACACUUCCUCGCCAACACCCAAGUACGACCAGGACUUUCUGGGAUAGAGACUAGAACCGCGGAUGUCUACGUCUACCUGCGUCUAGUACCCGCAAAGCCAGGGAUGUCAACCACCGAUAGACUCCUUGUUGACACUAGCGGGUCGUGGACACCAUUUGAGAAAUGGCUAGACGUCUCGCCGAUCUUCGAUAUUGGGAAGAAGCGUUUCGCGAAGGAGCUUGUCGGCACUCAUGGGUAUGAGAACCAGUUCAUGUGGUGGUUUAGCAAUGGGAAGACGUUUCGGUUUCUGGAGCUUCCAUUAGAGAUCCGGUCGAUGAUCUAUGUGCAAGCUCUAGGGCCCGUGGUGGAGCCGGCCUUCGAAUCUCCCAGGAUUUCACUCGGACACGGCUUCCGCGAACAGAACCAGAAGCUGUCGCCAGAGGAUGGUCUGGAAACGCAUGAUGCGCCGAACUACGCAAUUCUACAUCUCAACAAGCAAGUCUACCACGAAGCGAUUCAGGAGGGUUGGGAAAAGACAUGGAAACGUGUCACGCGCUACUGCGCUUUGAUUCUGCUGCUCUACCACUGCAACCCUCGAACGGCAACCUCCUUCGGCCUCGCCAACCCCAUAAGCGUUUGUGCCAUUCGCUAUGUUCAGCUUGCAUUCCCCAUACAGGAACAUCUCAAGCUCUUCGGCAUCGCGAUGGCGGGCAGAGCACUGAGAGCAUGGGUGUCUAAAAAAUUCUCCUCAAAGCAAUUCCGCAGCCUGAACACGCUAAAGCACCUGGAACUUAACUUUACAACACCCAAACAGUACGGCGGUGUGGAGGUGCCGGCUGAUUCGAUCGACAGAGCCUCUUUGGUUCCGUUAUCGGACAUAGAGCAUGAUGACUUGCUUGCGACUGGCGAAAUCCUUCAAGAGCUGAUUAUGGCAUUGACGGUGAAGCACUUGAGUACUAUACCAAAGAUCACAUUUUCUGGUUCCGUAGAGCAGGAUCUUCAGCAUAAGUGGAUGGGAUUGUGGUCGAGACAGAAAGGCGGCGCUCGUAUCGACGACGACAUCGACGCCGCCAUGGCGGAGUCUCAGUAA